AGUAAGAGCGAAGGUGCGGAGAGAAAGCAGAAGAGAGGGACAAGUGACCGAGAAAGAGAGAGGAGAGAGAAUAGCAAAACACAGAGCAGAGAACAUAGAUGACUAGAGCAUCAGACGCUCAGCCUGAGAGGCAGCCGCGCUGGACAAAUGAGAAAAGGAGUGAAAGGAAGGAUAACUGGAUAGAAUGGAGGCAGAGAACGAGUGAAAGCAGCUCACUGCAGCACCUGUGAGCCACAGCCAGAAAACAGCAGCAGCAGCAGCGCCGUCAUCAUCAUCAUCUGCAGCAGCACUCCAGCCUCACUGACUUUGCUUUAUCAAAAGCCAGACGUGAUGGCAGCCUUAACCCCUACGGCUGGAGGUCCGAAUCGCUAAUUGAAGGAUAAAAUGCCCACCAGAGCCUCUGCACUGGCCCCUACAGCCCUCAUUCGUUCAGCAUGCGCUGGGAUAGCUCGCUCACUUGCUCACGUGGAAACAUCGGAACUCUCCGUCCCCACGGCAACAGCCACAGUGCAGCUAGCCCUGUUAGCAUUAGCUCAAGCAAUAGCAGGGACGUCAGGUAGCAGCUCACUAAGGAGCUUAGAGGGCAAGUACAGUGCCGAUAUUAACUCUAGCAAGUGGUCGUAGUAGUAGUAGUGGUAGUAGUACAAGUAGCUCAACAGACGUUUAAGCAUGAUAGAGAUAAUAUUACAUUUAGAUUUGUAGGUUUUUUUUAAUUAGCUUAACUUUGGAAAGUGAAGAGACUUUUUGCUGUAUUUACACUAGUCGUAGCAUAUGUAUCACCAGUAUAAAAAGCUAAUAUGCUCUCAGGUUUAGUUUGAUUGUUUUUCAGUACUUUAGCUGUAGCUGUAGUGUUAGUCUGCACUAGGUAGUUUUUAGCAGAGCCUGUUGUAUGAUUGUAAUUAGUGGUCAGCUGCGUUUGUGGUUGGUAUGGUGAGGAGAGCGGACGCUCUUACCCUACUGGCUGAUGAAGGCCUCCUGGAUACGGCUGCUGAAAAGAGCAAAGGGGGGUCGAGUCAAGAACGAUAUUGGAGGUUCGGCAGACUCAUACACCAGUCGACCGUCUGACUCGGAUGUGUCUCUGGAGGAGGAUAAAGAGGCUCUGCGCAGAGAGGCUGAGAGACAGGCUCAGGCACAGCUAGAGAAAGCCAAGACAAAACCCGUAGCGUUUGCUGUUCGGACAAACGUCAGCUACAGCCCUUCCCUGGAAGAUGACGUCCCUGUGCCUGGAAUGGCCGUGUCUUUUGAUGCUAAAGAUUUUCUACAUGUAAAAGAGAAGUUUAAUAAUGACUGGUGGAUCGGCCGCUUGGUGAAGGAAGGCUGUGAGAUCGGCUUUAUCCCCAGUCCAGUAAAGUUAGAAAACACUCGCAUCCACCAGGAGCAACGAGCCAAACAGGGAAAAUUCCACUCCAGUAAAUCAGGGGCAAACUCCUCGUCUAGUUUAGGGGAAGUGGCUCCAAACUCUCGGAAGUCUACUCCUCCGUCCUCAGCCGUGGAUAUAGACGCUGCGGGUUUAGAGCCGGAGGAGCCCGACCCUCCUCCCCAGCAGCGUUCUCCCAAAGCCAGCCCAAACACAGUCAUAUCCCCUUUAGCCCGCGAGAAACGAAUGCCCUUCUUUAAGAAGACGGAGCACAUCCCCCCGUAUGACGUUGUGCCCUCCAUGAGGCCGGUGGUCCUGGUGGGACCUUCACUCAAGGGCUAUGAGGUAACGGACAUGAUGCAGAAAGCAUUAUUUGACUUUCUGAAGCACAGAUUUGAGGGAAGGAUAUCCAUCACACGGGUGACGGCCGACAUUUCUCUGGCCAAGCGGUCUGUUCUGAAUAACCCCAGUAAACACGCCAUCAUUGAACGAUCCAACACACGUUCCAACCUUGCUGAGGUACAGAGUGAGAUUGAGAGGAUUUUUGAGCUGGCGCGGACGCUGCAGUUGGUGGUCCUAGAUGCUGACACUAUAAACCAUCCAGCUCAACUGGGCAAAACCUCACUCGCUCCAAUUAUCGUCUAUGUCAAGAUCUCCUCUCCAAAGGUGUUACAGAGACUGAUAAAGUCUAGAGGGAAGUCUCAGGCCAAACACCUCAAUGUGCAAAUGGUGGCAGCAGACAAACUGGCUCAAUGCCCUCCAGAGCUCUUUGAUAUCAUCUUGGAUGAGAAUCAGUUAGAAGAUGCCUGUGAGCACAUGGCAGACUAUUUGGAGGCCUACUGGAAGUCCACUCAUCCGGCCAGCAGCUCUCCAGCUAACCCAGUCUUAGACAAACUCACCACCUCCACUGCGGCUCAAUCGGAUAGUCCAGAAACACUGUCCAACCUGCAGCUCCAGGGCAUGGGGGGCAACCUGAAAACGGAGAAGUCGCUGGGCGAACGGAAGGGCUCUCAAGAGGACCAUCAUCACCACCAUCACCGUCAUCACCAUCGACUGCAAAAGCAGGGCAGUCUGGACCACGCCGAGGAUGAUGACGUUGAGGAGGAAGAGCCAGUGGCCAUGGAAGAGCAGAGACCGUUACGGAGCGGGCGGAGAGCACCACACGUACACCACCGCUCUUCAUCCACACGGACCGAACACCACAACCAUCACCAUCACCACCAUCAUCACCACCACCACAACCGCACGGCACGGACGCUUUCCAGGCAGGAGACGCUGGAGAGCAGAGAUUCAGCUUACACUGAGCCACGAGCUAGUCACGCACACACACACUCGCACACACACCACCCCCGCGAGGAGGAGGACGAGGAGGAAGAAGAGGAGGAGGAGGAGCCGCCUCUUCAGCACAACCACCAUCACCAUCACCAUCAUCACCGCGGAGACAGAGAGAGGGAGCAUGAGCACAGUGAAAGAAACAGCCGGCAGCGUGCUCCACAGAGACUGCAACGAGAACGCUACCAUGACUAAAAGAAAGCGUUCCACUGAGGGAGAGAAGAAAAGAGGAGAGACAGAGUGGGCGAGAGAGCAUUACCUAGAGUAGUGACACACCCACACACAAACACACAAUCACAACCACAAACUGCAUCAAACGUAACACACAUGUGCCAUUAUAAAAGUAAACUACUGUCAGGUCCACAGUUAUUGCCAACAUUGAUGAGUUUUGUAAAAACAUUGUAGAGAACAUUACUGAGAUUAGUUUCACAGGGCCAGAUGUACUUUUGUAACAACAAUACACAUCUGGGGACAACUUGUUAAACUUUUGAGGCGAAAUCAAGCGGACACGCCCUCUAAUAUCCACUCCUAAAUUCCACUAGUCUGCGUUCUUUUAACAUUUGGAGCAAAAACAAUAACAAACGCAAAACAAGCAAGCUAGCGAACCGAUACCGUUAGCUAAUGAAACUGUUUUUCCCUUGCAGGAGGUUCAUUUUUAGCAAAUGUAAUGUAUUCCCAGCAUACACAACACACAUCUGUGGCAACUAUCGGGGUCCAAACACUAUCACUUUAUGGAGCCACUAUAUAUGGUGGCUUCAAUUUAUAGUAGAUGAAGGGUCUCAAAAUUAGAUUUAUCAUGCACUUUAAACCUAAGUUAUGGAAGGCAACAGAUUUUAACAAAUAAAUAAAAAAUACAGAGAAAACAGUACACAAUUUGGACAUGACUUUUAUUUGCAUUGUUGUUAAACUCAGUGAACUAAAUAAUUCCACAGCAUUUACCCCUUGAAUGUAGUCUCGGAUCACACUGGAUUGCAAGUUACAAUCACAAAACAUAGGAAAUACAUAGGUAAUAAUAAGAUAAUUAAAGAUAAAGAAAUAAUUGUGGACAAAGUAUCUAAAAGCUUUUCAAGAUUUUCUGCCUUGCUGUCCACUGGGCAGUGUUGAUGAACACACCACAACUUCAGAAGUUGCUGAACUGGUUUAGAAAUUUCACACUAAACUUGUUCCCAUAAGUCUACUUUUCUACCUACAUUUAGCCCAAAAUCUUUUUGUUGCAAGAUCACGUCUAGCCCCGCGAGACUAAACGGAGAUAUGAUUAAGCAGCACAACAUGAGGGACAUUGUUAUUGCAAAUAACAUCACAGAUGUGAUUUGGUCACACAGCAUUUGUGAUAACACAUUCCUGAAGUGUUCUAUUGCUCUUCUACAGCAGCUUGGGAAAGUAAAAAGUAAACCAAAGAAGUGUAUCAAAUACACAUUUUCAACACUGGCAAUUUCUUAAGCUAAAAAAAGUUUUAGCAGCUGAAAGUGGUUUCCCUGCAAACUAGUGGGCAGCAGAAUGAUAUGUGUGUAACAUGCAGUUACCAGAUACAACAAACACAGGAAGAGCGCUUUAUUAUAUAAUAAAAAUGAAUUGGAAAUGACAAAAAGGUGCCACAGCUAUCACCAUACUGAAUCAUGUUUUUACCUUUUUUUAAUAAAGCUGUUUUUUUUAAUAAACCUCCAGACUCCUUGAUAUGACUGUACUUGUUUUAUUCAAGAACUUCCCCAAUGAUUUAGAGGAAUGUCUGGGCUCAUUUUUUAGUACCACCUUUGGCCAAGUCUCAGAUUCUUGGCAGUGACAGUUGAGGUUUUGGGCUACUUGGAGGAAUUUAUUAACUACUGAUGUUUAAAAUGGCCUCUGGACCACUGGCAGCAGAUCAGCCCCCAAAGCAUCAAUAGAUUACUUAUUUCAUGGUAUGUCCCAUCCCUAUUCAAAUGCCAGAAACAUCAGUGGUCUGCAUGGCACAUGGCAUAGCAAGUUGUAGUGUCAUCUGACCAUAAGAUCUAGUUCCAUUCAAGCUUCGAGUUUAGGUUUACUGAAAAACUAACACAAUAAAUGUUAAAGGGCCCAUAUAACAGAAAACCAAACGUUCCUCACUUCUUUGAAAUAAUAGAGUCCGAUGUGAUAUGUAAAAAGUUUUAAAACGUACUGUUGACUCUCCAAUCCAUAUGUGCAAACUAAGCUGCAAAAAUGGCCUGUUUUGAAUUUGUUGUUUCUGUGAUGUCAAAACAUCCACUGCAUUUACAUAUAUCAUUACAGAUUGGCCGGCCAUUUCACAAUGAAGUGUUUCACCAUGAACUUUUUUGAAUGAAGCCCAAAACAGUCCAGCCAAUAAGUGGACCUCAAAGGGGGGGGGGGUGUUAUAUAAAAUGAAAAAUGUGAAAUCUUCAUGUAGGUUAUCUGGACCUGGCAGUAUAUUACAAUUACACACAGAUAGACAGACAGAGACACACACACACCCCAUGUGCUGCUAUCCUCUCUCCUGGAUUCUUGGCUGUCAGUUACUAUGCCUCCUUUGUAAAGACUGGUGUUUUUAAAGAUGACUAGAUUCAUGUAAAUAACACAUGUAUCCAUGCAUACUUGUUCUAUCUAUGUGUGGACACAGGAAUAUUAAACAAUAAAACUGAGUAAUUCUUCAUUUCCUUUGACAUGAAUGAUCCAAGUUUGUCUUUCAUAUCUGGCUGGUCUGUCAGUCAAACUUUUUUUUUCUUUCCCAGCUUUCUUCUGUUUCUGGUAGAAAAAAAUAGCUAGGUAUAUUCCUAUUGCAUUAUGACUACUGUUUGAGUUUGGUUAGAAGGAAAUACUAAUUUAAGUGUAACAUUGUGAUGUGUGAAAUUUUUCUUGCAUUUUAAUAGUGACUGAAUGAUGUUUAAUACAACUGCACAACUGUGUUUUGCCUUACACACCAGAAAAAAAAUCCAAAUAGUUUGAAACACCUUUUCUGACUGCUUGCAACAUUUUAUUUUCAGUUUUACAUUUUACAUUUAGUUUUCCAAAACAAGAUGGAAAUUUUCUUACUGGAAGGUUGUGUGAUGCUUUGUGCAACUGACACUCUAGAGCAUUUUCCUAAUGUCCUGCAGUAGGCAGCAGUCUGUCAUGUGUGAACUGUCUGCUUCAGAAAAUGUAGGUUUGGGAUGAAACCAGAUGUUCUGCAAUAUUCAUAACUGUGUUCUUUCUUGAAGAGUGAAUGGGGAGCGUGCGGAUUCGGGUUUGUGGUUCAGAGUGCUCUCACAGGAGGAAUGUAUUUGGACUAACUGUGAUUAAUAGAGGGUCACAGUACGCUGAAACAUAGAGGACACUACUAGGAAAUGAUCUUUUACACCGCAGUAAAGUCUCCAAGAUAAGAAUAAGCUGGUUACAUUUACCUCAGUGUGAAGUUUGACUGUUGUUACUGUCGCUCAAGCACAAUGCAGAAACAAAUGCACAGUUACUUAAGCACUAUUUGAAAGUCAAAUGUUCAAUAAACUGAAUGUACAGAAAAAUAAAAUAGCCUGUGAGGAGUAAUGGCUGAUAUCAGGAUGAAA